UGGUGUGUUUGCAGCGUGCGAGGCGGUGAACUGCAGGAGUUGUCUCCGCUCUUCAGUGUCAAGUUUGACGGCCUGCGUGCGACCUCUGAGUGAAAGGGCUGUUGUAAUUGCGUUCUUAUUCUCAAUGAAGGAUCUUCAGCAGCUCCCAGGAGACUUGGUGGACCGUGGCGUGGCGCUGCUCCAUCAGCCUUCCGCUCCCCAGCUUUAAACGCCCGCUUUGCUUUUUUUCGUCUGAAAUAAACAAGUGGGCAGUGAAGGGGACUCUCGGAGCAUCAUCACCCUGCGCGUAUUAAGACAGGGAUUUGUGUUUACGAAACCUGUGCGAGUGCUUUUUUGGACACAUCGCGGGAGAAUCGCGGCAAAGUAAAGUGCAGAUUUCAACAUGAGUGACCUGGAGGACGACUUCGCCAAGAUCCUGCUGUUGAAGGAGGAGAGGAUACGGGACUUGGAGAGGCGGCUUGCGGACCGGGAGGACGAAAUUCACGAACUUAAGAGAAAAUUGCACAAAUGUCAGUCUGUUCUGCCCAGUGCUCAACUUAUUGGACCUAGGACCCGCAGGGCGCAGGGCAUCUCCGCGGAACCCCAGACGCACCAGGACCUGUCAAAGCAGACGUUUCGGAAAUAUCCCAAAUCUGAGUGGUCUAAGGAUUUGAUCAAGGAAGCCAUCUUGGACAAUGACUUCAUGAAGAACCUGGAACUGUCGCAGAUUCAAGAGAUCGUGGACUGCAUGUACCCUGUGGAAUAUGGAAAGGACAGUUGUAUCAUCAAGGAGGGCGAUGUGGGCUCCCUGGUGUAUGUCAUGGAAGAUGGGAAGGUGGAAGUGACAAAGGAGAGCCUGAAGCUCUGUACCAUGGGGCCGGGGAAGGUGUUUGGAGAACUGGCUAUUCUCUACAACUGCACCAGGACUGCCACUGUCAAGACUCUGACUAAUGUAAAGCUGUGGGCCAUCGACCGGCAAUGUUUUCAGACGAUCAUGAUGAGAACAGGUCUCAUCAAGCACACCGAGUACAUGGAGUUUCUAAAAAGCGUCCCCACAUUCCACGGCCUACAGGAAGAUAUCCUAAGCAAGCUUGCUGACGUUCUUGAGGAGACACAUUAUGAAGAUGGAGAAUACAUCAUCAGACAGGGGGCCAGAGGAGACACCUUCUUCAUUAUCAGUAAAGGAAAGGUUAAUGUGACCAGGGAAGACUUGCCCAACGGUGAGCCGGUCUACCUCCGCAGUCUUGGAAAAGGAGACUGGUUUGGAGAGAAGGCACUGCAAGGGGAGGACAUAAGGACAGCCAGUGUCAUUGCAGCAGAGGCAGUUACCUGUCUAGUCAUUGAUCGAGAUUCAUUCAAGCACCUAAUUGGAGGUUUGGAAGAUGUGUCUAGUAAAGGCCACGAGGAUGCUGAUGCCAAAGCCAAGUAUGAAGCAGAGAAUGCCUUUUUCUUCAGUCUCAACUUAGCUGACUUCAACAUCAUUGACACUCUAGGAGUUGGUGGUUUUGGACGGGUUGAGCUGGUUCAACUUAAGAGUGAUGAAAAUAAGACCUAUGCCAUGAAGAUCCUGAAGAAGCGACACAUUGUUGACACAAGACAGCAGGAGCACAUUCGUUCAGAGAAGCUCAUCAUGCAGGAGGCCCACUCUGACUUUAUUGUUAGACUUUAUAGAACCUUCAAAGACAGCAAAUACCUCUACAUGUUGAUGGAAGCCUGUUUAGGAGGCGAACUUUGGACCAUCCUUCGAGAUCGGGGCUCUUUUGAGGACUCAACCACCAGGUUUUACACAGCUUGUGUUGUGGAGGCUUUUGCUUACCUGCAUUCCAAAGGCAUCAUCUACAGAGACCUGAAACCAGAGAACCUAAUAUUGGACCACAGGGGAUAUGCUAAGCUGGUGGACUUUGGCUUUGCCAAAAAGAUCGGCUUUGGGAAGAAAACGUGGACCUUUUGUGGGACGCCAGAGUACGUAGCACCAGAGAUCAUUCUGAACAAGGGCCAUGACAUCUCAGCCGACUACUGGUCUCUGGGAAUCCUCAUGUUUGAGCUCUUAACUGGCAGUCCUCCAUUCUCUGGUCCUGAUCCAAUGAAAACCUACAACAUCAUCCUGAGGGGCAUCGACAUGAUUGAAUUUCCAAAGAAAAUUACCAAAAACGCUGCCAACCUAAUUAAAAAGCUAUGCAGGGAUAAUCCUUCUGAAAGACUGGGAAACUUGAAAAAUGGUGUCAAAGACAUCCAAAAGCACAAGUGGUUUGAGGGCUUUAAUUGGGAGGGCUUGAAGAAGGGGACAUUGACACCUCCUAUUAUCCCUAAUGUCACAUCCGCAGUUGACACAAGUAACUUCGAUAGCUUCCCAGAGGACAACGAAGACCCACCUCCUGAUGAUAACUCUGGCUGGGAUGUAGACUUUUGAAGUCCUCCUCUCCACUUAAAACCAAAAGAAACUCUUCUUUUGUUGGUUUUUGAUGGCUUGGAGACCAGAGGCCAUCUUAGAGGACAUGGUUGGUUAUAAAAAUAAUAAAAAAUGUUGAAAAACAACAAAAACUGCAUAAAAAUGAAAGUGGGAUAUGGAAAAGAAGACAAACAGAUGGAUGGCAAGCCCUCUAGGUCACCGAUAUGCCUUUAUUUCACUGUGGCCCUGGAUAAAGCAUUUAUUAUGGGACUGCUGUAGCACUUCUUCAGUGUUGUCUUACACUUAAGUUUAAAGGCAAAGGCACAGAAAGUACAGGGAUACACACAAACACACACACAAACACUAAACAGAGGCUGAUAAUAGAGCCAGAUUUUCCCAUGGAAUAGGGAAAGACGUUCAGUGGAUGAAUGAAUGUGUAAUAGUUUGUCUAAAUUUUGGUUUGAAGUUAAGUAAGAGUGUGAAAAUGCAGAGCACUGUUUAAAUACCGAUGAAGCAAAUGUUAAAUUUCUUUCUUAAAAUUUUCUCCAUGUGGUAUUUGAAGAACUACUUGGUAGACUUUGGAAGGGAACAUGAUUUGACUACAGUAGCUGCCUGGUUUUCAACAUGCAGCCACUUGCUGCAGUCCACAGUACUUUCAAGAGAUCUACAAACUAUUAUUUCCAAGUAUCAAGUGCUCAAGACUAUCUUGAAUGUCACAGAUUUUCUUCUUAUUUAAAUUACUUAUAUAGCAUACAGUAUGUAUGGUACAUAGUAUUUGAAUUUACAGGUUAGGCUGUCACAAAUAAACUCAACUGGGAUAAAAUCAAAUACUUAGUACACCUUAUAUGAGAUUAAUCUACCUUGAAAUGCACAAACACUGUGCAUUCAGUGGGAGGAGAUGUGACUCUUUAAGUGCCCUGCUUAAAGUUUAAUGAAUCACACACCGGCACAUAUGACAUGCUAGUAUUUCCAUGAAGCAAUGUGUCAUUAUGCACUUAAGACCAUAAACUGAGAAAAUUAGCAGCUCAUUUUAAGCUUUAGUAUAAGUAACACUCUUUUUUUUUGUAUUUUAAUGCGCUUUUAAUCACACAUAUAGAUGCUUCUCUUGCAAUAUUCUCCUUUGGUUUGUUGUUCAUUUAAAUGCCUCUUCCCAUUCAUCCUGACCAGAUGUCCUUUGUUUCCCCCUGUACAGUUCUGACACAACUGUGAACAUGGUUUCAGUGUCUUUGGUGCUGUUGAUGAAUUAUAAUACGCAAUGUUGACAGUACUGGUUAUUGUUUUUGUAUUGUGAUUUCUUUGUGCUUGAUUACUUUGUAAUGUACUUGAAAUCAUUCUUUAGAAAAUCGGAGACUUGUAUAAGUUUGUAAACAUGUGUGAAGAAUUGUUUUAUAUCACUUGAAUUGUGCUAAGUGGCAUUUUCAAGGGAUUAAAUGAACUAUGUUAAGUUCAUCCUUACAAAUUUACCUACAUUGGAGCUAAAUUUGACCACAUUCACAUUAUCAUAAGACAAACAGGAGUCAUCAUCCUCUUUGUGAGAAUUUUAACAUACCUCCUAGAGACAAAGAGCAAAAGGAAACAAAUAUAUAUUUUAUGAAGACUCAGCUCUGCACCGUGAUCUUUCAAGCAUAACCCAGCUCAUCACCUCCUACAUCCAAAACUCAGAACAUUAGGUCAAAAGGAUUGUAAGUGCCUUAAGUCAAUGGCAUAAAGAAUUAACAUCAUACAACCUUAGCAAUGCUGCAUGAACACAUAAACACCUCAAAAACAUGUCCUCUUAGAUGGCUGCUCUUCAUCUUUUGUUAUACUUAAUAAACAUUAAUCAUAAUGAAAAUAGAAUCCUUAGUCAUUUGAUGGCCAUCAAAAGUAUAUAUGAAAUCCAUUUCCUGCUUAUGCCUUUUCUAUCUCACGGGAACAUUUAUGAACAGAAAGAUGAUCACAAACAUGUCCUCCCUGAUAUGACUGCAAUGACAUGCUUUUCUCUACUUAUCCGCUGUGAUCUUUAAACAUCAACCACUAAUGGCCUGAUAUGAAAUACCAGUGAGCAUUAAUCACCUGUUCCAGCCAUGAAAUCUGAGCAUUUAGAGAAAGCAAGAAUGAUUUGCAGUUUGAACAUAAAUCUCUUGCUAUUAGUUUUGACAAUCUUUAACUGUAAGAUAGCAUCAGUCACAAUGCAUCAUGAUUCAAAUUCUCACUUUAUCAUUUGAUCCUAAAUAAGCUGGACAGGUUUGACUUCAGGAAGCUGAGCAGAAAGACACAUAUUUUGACAGAGAACUAAAAAAAAUAGUAGAAAUCUUAAUUCUGUAAAUAUAUCAAACGUAUUUUACUGUGUUGUUUGUCACAAAGCCUUAUGUUUGUCAUCACUUUCCAAAACACUGGUUUUGACUUUCUUGACUGCCUUCUGCAAAGUUACCUGAUGUUUGCCUUGUGUUAUGUUGUUUUCUGCUGUAAAUUAAUUUUGCAGAGUGCCAUGUGUAAGAUUUUUAAAACUAUAGAGUAAAAACCAAUAAUUUUAA